UUAGGCAGUGAGAAGUUAGUGGCGCUGCUGGGACGGGGGAAAGGAGACGCUUCUUCCUCCUGCUGUUCGGUGCGUUCCCGGGAUCCGCGGCGGCGUUGGCCGCGAGUGACUGGGCUGCGUCUCCGGUUCCGCGCGCUAACCAUGCUGACCGACGGUGGGGGCGGUGGCACCUCCUUUGAGGAGGAGCUGGACUCGGUGGCUCCGCGAUCCGCCCCGGCCGGGGCCUCGGAGCCGCCUCCGCCGGGAGGGGUCGGGCUGGGGAUCCGCACCGUGAGGCUCUUUGGAGAGGCCGGGCCCGCGCCAGGAGUCGGUGGCGGCGGUGGCGGUGCGGGUGCAGUCGGAGGAGACGCGGCGCUGGAUUUCAAGUUGGCGGCUGCUGUGCUGAGGACCGGGGGUGGAGGUGGUGGCGGCGCCUCUGGCAGCGACGAGGACGAGGUGUCCGAGGUUGAAUCAUUUAUUUUGGACCAAGAAGAUUUGGAUAACCCAGUGCUUAAAACAACCUCAGAGAUAUUCUUAUCAAGUACAACAGAAGGAGCAGACUUACGUACUGUAGACCCAGAGACACAGGCACGACUUGAAGCUUUGCUAGAAGCAGCAGGAAUCGGCAAAUUGUCAACUGCUGAUGGUAAAGCUUUUGCAGAUCCGGAGGUCCUCCGAAGACUGACGUCCUCCGUUAGUUGUGCGCUGGAUGAAGCAGCUGCUGCCCUGACUAGAAUGAGAGCAGAAACCAGCCAGAAUGCAAGCCAUGUGGACACUCGAAGCCUGGCAGAAGCCUGUUCAGAUGGGGAUGUGAAUGCUGUACGUAAAUUGCUAGACGAAGGAAGAAGUGUAAAUGAACAUACAGAAGAAGGAGAAAGCCUGUUGUGUUUGGCUUGUUCAGCAGGGUACUAUGAAUUAGCACAAGUCUUGCUUGCUAUGCAUGCUAAUGUUGAAGAUCGAGGAAAUAAAGGAGACAUCACUCCCUUGAUGGCAGCUUCCAGUGGAGGUUAUUUAGAUAUUGUGAAGUUAUUACUACUUCAUGAUGCAGAUGUCAACUCCCAGUCUGCAACAGGAAACACUGCACUAACUUAUGCCUGUGCUGGAGGAUUUGUUGAUAUUGUGAAAGUGCUACUUAAUGAAGGUGCAAAUAUAGAAGAUCAUAAUGAAAAUGGACAUACCCCCUUAAUGGAAGCAGCCAGUGCAGGUCAUGUGGAAGUUGCAAGAGUUCUUCUAGACCAUGGUGCAGGCAUCAACACUCACUCUAAUGAAUUCAAAGAAAGUGCUCUUACACUUGCAUGCUAUAAAGGCCAUUUGGAUAUGGUUCGCUUUCUUCUUGAAGCUGGUGCAGAUCAAGAACACAAAACAGAUGAGAUGCACACUGCCUUAAUGGAGGCUUGCAUGGAUGGACAUGUUGAAGUGGCACGUUUGCUUUUGGAUAGUGGUGCUCAAGUGAACAUGCCUGCAGAUUCGUUUGAGUCUCCAUUGACCUUAGCUGCCUGUGGAGGACAUGUUGAAUUGGCAGCUCUGCUUAUUGAGAGGGGAGCAAAUCUUGAAGAAGUCAAUGAUGAAGGUUACACUCCCUUGAUGGAAGCUGCUCGAGAAGGACAUGAAGAGAUGGUGGCGUUGCUCUUAGCACAAGGAGCAAAUAUUAAUGCCCAGACAGAAGAAACUCAAGAAACUGCUCUUACCUUGGCUUGCUGUGGAGGGUUUUCUGAAGUUGCAGACUUCCUGAUUAAGGCAGGGGCUGAUAUAGAACUUGGCUGCUCCACACCUCUCAUGGAAGCUUCUCAGGAGGGACACCUGGAGUUGGUUAAAUAUUUGCUGACUGCUGGUGCUAAUGUGCAUGCUACAACAGCAACAGGAGACACAGCCUUAACCUAUGCUUGUGAAAAUGGACAUACAGAUGUUGCAGAUGUUUUACUUCAAGCAGGGGCUGAUUUAGAGCAUGAAUCUGAAGGUGGACGGACCCCUUUGAUGAAAGCUGCACGAGCUGGUCAUUUGUGUACUGUGCAGUUUCUAAUUAGCAAAGGUGCCAAUGUGAAUCGGGCUACAACCAAUAAUGAUCAUACCGUCGUGUCGUUGGCAUGUGCAGGAGGCCACCUGGCAGUCGUUGAGCUGCUGUUGGCGCAUGGGGCUGACCCUACUCAUCGACUCAAGGAUGGCUCUACAAUGCUCAUUGAAGCAGCAAAGGGUGGUCACACCAAUGUUGUUUCUUACCUGUUGGAUUAUCCAAAUAAUGUUUUGUCAGUUCCUACUCCAGAUGUGUCUCAGCUUACCUCACCUUCUCAAGAUCAAUCUCAGGUUCCACGUGUACCAAUGCAUACACUUGCCAUGGUUGUACCUCCACAGGAACCUGACAGAACUUUGCAGGAGAAUUCUCCUGCCCUUUUAGGAGUACAGAAAGGUACAUCCAAGCAGAAGUCCAGUUCCCUGCAGGUAGCAGAUCAGGACCUACUGCCACCUUUUCACCCAUACCAGCCUUUGGAAUGCAUAGUAGAGGAAACUGAAGGCAAGCUGAAUGAACUGGGACAAAGAAUUAGUGCUAUUGAAAAAGCACAGCUUAAAUCAUUGGAGUUAAUUCAAGGUGAACCUCUGAACAAAGAUAAGAUAGAAGAACUUAAAAAGAACAGAGAAGAGCAAGUCCAGAAGAAGAAGAAAAUUCUGAAAGAACUGCAGAAAGUGGAAAGGCAGUUGCAAAUGAAAACACAACAGCAAUUUACCAAAGAAUACUUGGAAACCAAAGGUCAGAAAGAUACAGUGUCUCUUCACCACCAGUGCUCUCAUAGAGGAGUCUUCCCAGAAGGGGAAGGAGAUGGUAGUCUCCCAGAGGAUCACUUUUCAGAGUUACAUCAGGUUGACACAAUCUUAUUUAAAGAUAACGAUGUUGAUGAUAUGCAGCAGUCUCCACCAUCGGCAGAACAAAUUGAUUUUGUCCCAGUCCAGCCUUUACCAUCUCCACAGUGUACCUUUUCCAGUGAUGUAGGCCCUAACGGGACCAAUUCUCUUGAACUUCAGAAAGUAUCAGGUAAUCAACAGAUUGUAGGACAGCCUCAGAUUGCUAUUACUGGACACGAUCAGGGGCUGUUAGUUCAAGAACCAGAUGGACUAAUGGUGGCAACUCCAGCCCAGACGCUAACCGACACUCUUGAUGACCUGAUAGCAGUCUCUGGCAGAAUAUCUGUGAGUAGCAGAGUACCCACUGGUUCAAACAGUUCUUCUCAAAUGGCAGAUUGUAUUACACCUGAAUCCUGUUCACAGACUCCAAGCAACGUGGCUUCGCAAUCUAUACCCCCCGUAUAUCCAUCUGUUGACAUUGAUGCACAUACGGAGAGCAAUCAUGACACAGCAUUAACAUUGGCUUGUGCGGGCGGUCAUGAAGAACUUGUAUCUGUACUUAUUGCAAGAGAUGCUAAAAUUGAGCACAGAGAUAAAAAAGGUUUCACACCACUGAUCCUGGCUGCAACAGCAGGGCAUGUUGGGGUUGUUGAAAUUCUUUUGGAUAAAGGUGGAGAUAUAGAAGCACAGUCUGAGCGAACUAAAGAUACUCCACUUUCAUUGGCAUGUUCUGGUGGACGUCAGGAGGUAGUAGACUUACUGCUGGCUCGAGGUGCAAAUAAAGAACAUAGGAAUGUGUCUGAUUAUACGCCACUGAGUCUGGCUGCAUCUGGAGGAUAUGUUAAUAUCAUAAAGAUUCUCCUUAAUGCGGGGGCCGAAAUUAAUUCAAGGACUGGGAGUAAACUAGGUAUUUCUCCCCUGAUGUUGGCUGCAAUGAAUGGACAUGUUCCUGCAGUGAAACUGCUCCUUGAUAUGGGUUCAGACAUUAAUGCUCAGAUAGAGACAAACCGGAACACAGCCCUCACCCUGGCCUGUUUCCAGGGCCGAGCCGAAGUAGUGAGUUUGCUUCUGGACCGAAAAGCCAAUGUUGAACACAGGGCAAAGACUGGUCUGACCCCAUUAAUGGAAGCUGCUUCUGGAGGAUAUGCUGAGGUUGGCCGAGUUCUCCUGGAUAAAGGAGCAGAUGUCAAUGCACCACCGGUGCCGUCCUCGAGGGACACUGCUCUUACCAUAGCAGCAGACAAAGGCCACUACAAGUUCUGUGAGCUCCUGAUUAGUAGGGGAGCUCACAUUGAUGUUCGUAACAAGAAGGGAAAUACGCCUCUUUGGCUGGCUUCCAAUGGUGGGCAUUUUGAUGUAGUUCAGUUGUUAGUACAAGCUGGUGCUGACGUGGAUGCAGCAGAUAACCGGAAAAUCACACCGCUCAUGUCAGCAUUCCGCAAGGGUCAUGUCAAAGUUGUUCAAUAUUUGGUGAAGGAAGUCAAUCAGUUUCCUUCUGAUAUAGAAUGCAUGAGAUACAUAGCAACAAUUACAGAUAAGGAACUAUUGAAAAAAUGUCACCAAUGUGUUGAGACAAUUGUGAAGGCUAAAGACCAGCAGGCUGCAGAAGCAAAUAAGAAUGCGAGUAUCCUUUUAAAGGAACUUGAUCUGGAGAAGUCCAGAGAAGAGAGCAGAAAGCAGGCUCUUGCAGCUAAAAGAGAAAAAAGAAAAGAAAAGAGAAAAAAGAAAAAAGAAGAACAGAAAAGGAAACAGGAAGAAGAUGAGGAAAACAAACCUAAAGAAAAUUCAGAACUACCAGAGGAUGAAGAUGAAGAGGAGAACGAUGAUGAUGUUGAACAAGAAGUCCCCAUAGAGCCUCCUAGUGCAACUACCACCACCACAAUUGGAAUUUCUGCAACAUCUACAACAUUCACCAAUGCGUUUGGGAAAAAAAGGACCAACGUGGUGACAACCCCCAGCACCAAUCGGAAAAAUAAGAAGAAUAAAACAAAGGAGACCCCUCCCACAUCACAUUUAAUAUUACCAGAACAACAUCUGUCUUUAGCACAACAAAAAGCUGAUAAAAAUAAAAUAAAUGGAGAACCUAGAGGUGGUGGUGCAAAUGGGAAUAGUGAUUCAGAUAAUUUGGACAGCACAGACUGCAACAGUGAGAGUAGCAGUGGUGGUAAAAGCCAAGAGUUAAAUUUCACUAUGGAUAUGAACUCUUCUAAUGAUAGGAAAUGCCCCUCACUGCUUGUCCAUUCCCAAGAAGAAAAGACGAGUUCCACAGCUUCCAAAACUCAGACACGACUUGAAGGUGAAGUAAAUCCUAAUUCCUCAGCCACAAACUACAAAUCAGUGUCACUGCCAUUAAGUUCGCCAAACCUCAAACUGAAUCUCACUAGCCCUAAAAGGGGCCAAAAAAGAGAGGAAGGGUGGAAAGAAGUUGUAAGAAGGUCAAAGAAGUUAUCUGUUCCAGCCUCUGUAGUGUCCAGGAUAAUGGGAAGAGGAGGAUGCAACAUUACUGCGAUACAAGAUGUUACCGGAGCCCACAUUGAUGUGGAUAAACAAAAAGAUAAGAAUGGCGAGAGGAUGAUCACAAUAAGAGGUGGUACAGAAUCAACAAGAUAUGCAGUUCAACUUAUCAAUGCACUUAUUCAGGAUCCUGCUAAGGAAUUAGAAGACUUAAUUCCUAAAAAUCAUAUCAGAACACCUACCAGCACCAAAUCCAUUCAUGCAAACUUCUCGUCUGGAGUAGGCACCACAGCAGCUUCUAGUAAAAAUGCAUUUCCCUUGGGUGCUCCAGCUCUUGUAACUUCACAAGCCACAACAUUAUCCACGUUCCAGCCCACUAAUAAACUUAAUAAGAAUGUGGCAACUAAUGUACGGUCCUCUUUCCCAGUUUCUCUGCCCUUAGCUUAUCCCCACCCUCAUUUUGCUUUGCUAGCUGCUCAAACUAUGCAACAGAUUCGACAUCCACGCUUACCCAUGGCCCAGUUUGGAGGAACCUUCUCACCUUCUGCAAACACUUGGGGACCAUUCCCAGUGAGACCUGUCAAUCCUGGCAACACAAACAGCUCCCCAAAGCAUACUCCUACAAGCAACCGUCUACCUAACCAGAAUGGGACUGUUUUGCCAACAGAGUCUCCUGGACUAACUACUGCUGCUUGUCCCAUCACUGUCUCUUCUGUGGUUGCUGCCAGUCAGCAACUGUGUGUGACUAGUUCCCGGACUCCUUCAUCAGUCAGAAAGCAGUUGUUUGCCUGUGUACCUAAGACAAGUCCUCCGGCAACAGCAGUUUCUUCUGUGACAAGCACUUGUAGUUCCCUGGCUUCUGUCUCCUCUACACCUGUCACAAGUGGGCAAGUUACAACCACGUUUUUGCCCACCAGUACCCCUCAAGCACCACUUUCUUCACAAAAAGUGGAGUCUUUCUCUACUGUGCCAUCCCCCAAAGAGAAAGCAUCUACACAGGACCAACCUACAGCAAAUCUGUGUAGCCCAUCUUCAACUGCGAAUAGUUGCAGUAGCUCUGCCAGCAACACCACAGGAGCUCCAGAAACUCAUCCACCCAGUAGUCCCACUUCUCCCUCCAGCACCACCCAGGAGGAGGCACAGCCGUCCAACGCAUCUGAUUUAAGCCCUGUAUCAGUACCUUUUGCAUCCAACUCAGAACCUGCUCCGCAGACUUUGACAUCACCCAGAAUGGUUUCUGCUGAUAAUCAGGACACCAAUAAUUUACCUCAGUUACCUAUCCCAGCUCCUCGAGUUUCUCAUCGAAUGCAACCAAGAGGUUCUUUUUACUCAGUGGUACCAAAUGCAGCCAUCCACCAGGAUUCCCCAUCUAUUUUUGUUACAAAUCCAGUACCUUUAACACCACCUCAAGGCCCACCAGCUGCCGUGCAGCUGUCUUCAGCCGUGAACAUUAUGAAUGGUUCUCAGAUGCACAUCAACCCAGCAAACAAGUCUUUACCUCCUACAUUUGGCCCAGCCACACUUUUUAAUCACUUCAGUAGUCUUUUUGAUAACAGUCAGGUGCCAGCCAACCAGGGUUGGGGAGAUGGUCCACUGUCGUCACGAGUUGCUGCAGAUGCGUCAUUCACUGUUCACUCAGCAUUCCUGAGUAACUCUGUACUUGGACACUUAGAAAACGUGCAUCCUGACAACUCCAAGGCACCUGGCUUCAGACCACCUUCCCAGCGAGUUUCUACUAGUCCUGUUGGGUUACCAUCUAUUGACCCAUCAGGCAGCUCCCCAUCUUCCUCUUCUGCUCCUCUGACAAGUUUCUCCGGUAUACCAGGAACAAGGGUUUUCCUACCAGCGCCACCUCCUGUUGGGACUCCUAGUUUCAACAGACAACAUUUUUCUCCCCAUCCUUGGACAAGCGCCUCAAACUCAUGUGACUCUCCUAUUCCAUCUGUUUCUUCGGGAUCAUCUUCACCUCUUUCAGCCACUUCUGCUCCACCACCUUUGGGCCAAGCAAAAGCAGGCAGUGCAAGUCAGGAUCGGAAGAUACCGCCUCCCAUUGGAACUGAGCGACUGGCACGGAUUCGGCAAGGAGGUUCUGUGACACAAGCUCCUGUGGGGACCAGUUUUGUAGCUCCAGUUGGACACAGUGGAAUCUGGUCGUUUGGUGUUAACGCCAUGUCAGAAGGCUUAUCAGGUUGGUCGCAGUCUAUGAUAGGAAACCAUCCAAUGCAUCAACAACUAUCAGACCCAAGCACAUUCUCUCAGCAUCAACCAUUGGAGAGAGAUGAAUCUGGAAUGGUAGCCCCCUCUAAUAUUUUUCAUCAACCAAUGCCAGGUGGUUUUGUGGAUUUUUCCAAAGGUUUGCCAAUUUCCAUGUAUGGAGGCGCUAUAAUACCUUCUCAUCAGCUUGCUGAUGUUCCAGGAGGCCCACUGUUUAAUGGGCUUCACAACCCAGAUCCUGCUUGGAAUCCUAUGAUAAAAGUUAUCCAAAAUUCAGCUGAUUGCACUGAUGCCCAACAGGCCAGUCUGCUUCCUUCAGUCCCUGCUCUCAAAGGGGAAAUUUCGUCACCUCAGCUAACGAGACCGAAGAAGAGAGUUGGACAGCCAGUGGUGGCUUCUCCUAACCAGAGGCACCAGGAUCAUCUACGACCGAAAGUUCCUGCUGGAGUGCAAGAGCUCACCCAUUGCCCGGACACCCCCUUGCUGCCUCCCUCAGAUUCCCGGGGUCACAACUCCUCCAACAGCCCCACCCUCCAAACUAGAGGAGCUGAAGGAGCAGAAGGAGACAGAGGAAGAGAUACCCGAUGACGCACAAUUUGAAAUGGACAUCUAAUCCAAUGCAGAUGAACCCUGGUGUGGAAUUAUAGAGGGAGCCCUCAAGCCGCUGCUGUCACCACCUCUUUCUGGGGUAUCCAAAGGCCAGCUGGCCUCAUCUGAUGUGGAAGGGACUGACAUUGAUUCCGGGCCUCCUUAGUUCUGAGGCAGCUAGACCAGGGAUAAGAGUGGGCUAUUUGCCAAGCCCUAGCUCUAUUUUAUCCUUGGUCUGUAGGUACUCCUCCUAGCCCAUCCCUCUAUGCUUACGGGCUGGGACUGAGGGUGGAGUAUGUCACCUUUUGUCUGCUUAGUAAACAUUCAGAGAAAUGCA